UUAAAAGGACACGGGCCCGCCGGGUGCGGCGCAUGCGCCGUGCGCGCCCGCCUGGGCUGAGGCGGCAGGCUGGGGUCAGGUGCCGACCAGUAAUAAGUAUAAAUAUAAAUGGCAGCAAGCGCGGUCCCCUGCACUGUAUUUAAAUAGCAGCUGAUUUUCUGGCAGCGCCCCAGGAAAACAAGCCCCGUUUGUCCCCGCGUGGCUCUGGUGAUCUAGGCCAACCGUGACACCUAACACAGGGACUGCAUAAGAUUUAUUCAGGAAAUAAAAUGAACUGGGUGAGACCCCACCGUCAAGAAGCCCAAGGCACAGAAGAACCAACGCGACGCUGCUGGAUCCAUGGAGGGAAAUAUUGAAAUCUUAAACCUGGAUAUGAAGCCUGGGAACAUCCUGAAGGUGAAGGGCAAAAUACCUGUUGAUACUGUUGGCUUCAGCAUCAACCUUGGCUGCAACUCAAGAGAUCUGGCACUUCACUUCAAUCCCCGCUUCAAUGAGUCUGUCAUCGUGUGUAACUCCAAGUGCUCCGAUCGCUGGCAGACGGAGCAUCGUGACCACCACCUCUCUUUCUACAAGGGCUCCACUGUCAAGUUCUUCAUUGAAAUGCUGUCAGACAAAUUCCGUGUGAAACUGCCGGAUGGUUAUGAAGUGUACUUCCCCAACCGGCAUGGCUACCGCAAGAUCAACUAUGUAAGCAUCCACGGGGGCUUGAAGAUUAUCUCCUUCAGGCUGAGCUGAUGGGCACCACUUCCUAGCUCUAAUAAAAAACCAAGCCAGUGGAA